AACAAAAGACCCGACCGCUCUUACUUCCAAUUAAUACCAGGUUAUCGUUUGCUUCUCAAAACCCCAAAAACAAAUUUAAUUUUUUCGAAAGAAGAACAAUUCAAGUUUCCUCAUCCCCUCUCCCUCGCUCCAAAUCAAAUCAACCCGAUUCGAUUUCUAGCCUUCUAAACCCAUCAAACAACUCACGAAAUUCUUUCUCAAAACCCGUGUUUUUUGUCUUCUUCAAGCUCCGUUUAUCUUUUUGUUCGAUUGUAUGUAUAUGUAAUAUAACUCCGUCAUUUGCAAUUACAAUGCAUUACUAAACUCCAAGCCCUUCUUUCUUAUGGACUAUGAACUCUGUGAAAGUAGCGUUUAAUGAUGUUAGCUCAAAAUUGAAGGAACUGAUGAUGAUUUGCCUCCAUCGCGUCAAUAUUUAAUUCCAAAGGGAGAAAGAAUAUUAGGAAACGGUAGAUCUUCUGUAGGUUCACCCACAUACUGUAGAAAGGACAUGGAAGCUCAUAUUCGUCACCUUGAGCAAGAAGCUUAUAGUGCUGUGCUCCGUGCUUUUAAGGCUCAGUCUGAUGCCAUUUCCUGGGAGAAAGAGCAUUUAAUAACCGAACUUAGGAAAGAGCUCAGAGUAUCAGAUGAUCAACACAGGGAGCUUCUAACUAGGGUUAAUGGGGAUGAGAUCAUCCAAAGCAUCAGGGAAUGGAGACAGGCAGGUGGACACCAAGCUGCUCGGUCUACUGCAUCACAAUUAGUUCGAGAUGAUGUUUUGAGUCCAACUGUUUCAGGUGGCUCUCGCAAAAGACAAAAGACCUCCCUAGCGGGUCAACAAAUGCCUGGUUUAUCCUCUAUGAAGUAUAUGCAGUAUCCUUCUAUAGGUCCUGCUGGAAAUCACCAUCAUUUCAGCCAUAGUUAUUCUGGUGCUGUUGCAGCAAAUGAUCCUGCUGAAGCUGCAGCUUUUGAUCAAUUAAUUGGAAGGAAAGUCUUGACAAGAUGGCCUGAUGACAACAGCUUUUAUGAAGCUGAAAUCAUAAGUUACAACCCUUCUUCAGGCAAACACUAUCUAGUCUAUGAUAAAGGUGCAGCAAAUGCAACAUUUGAAUGGGUUGAUCUCAAAGAGAUUUCUCCUGAGGAUAUCCAAUGGGUAGAUGAGGAUCCAGGAAUUUCUUUAUACAGCGUCCAUGGUGGGCCAGGCCGGGGAGUGAAGAAAUCCAGCAGCCACGGUGGUGUUUCUAGUGUAGGAAGAGGGAGGGGAUCCGUAAAGAGUCAAAACAAGAGAGAGUAUCUGCCUCCGCAGAAUGGUUUUGCAAAAAUGGAUUCUGAUGACAUUGAAUUACUUAACACAGAAUCACUGGUUCAGGAGGUGGAGAAGGUGUUCUCUUUGAGUCAUCCUGAUCCUCUCGAGCUAGAAAAAGCAAAAAAGAUGCUAAAAGAGCAUGAACAGGCACUUGUAGAAGCAAUUGCUCGGCUUGCAGAUGCGUCUGAUGUUGAAAGCGGUGAACAACAAUUCUUGCACAUGCCAGCAAUGGACCGGGGAUAGAGUUUGUGAAAAGAGUUCGACAUAAAAAGCAUCACAGUGAGGGCUAACAUAACGUCUUGUGCAUGUCGAAAACCAAGCAAUCGGGUGACAUUAUUUUUCCCUUUACUAAUCCUAUUACUCUGACGUAUCUGUGGUCUCCGGAUUAUAAAAAGCUACCGUAUUUUGUAACAUAAACCUGGCCUACUGUUUCUGCACAAUUGGGAAAUAAGCUACUUGCUUUUUCGUUUUAGCAGUUGAAAGCUUUGUAGAUGGUGAUUAAUUAGUCAAUUAAAUUGUUCUUGUUAUUGUAAAUUUGGAGUCUCUUGCUUGAGCCGCCGAAUGGUAGCGCAGUUUGCCUGAUUCAAUUCGCCCUUAUAAUUCUUGUGAAGAUUUUACUUUUCUUAUGGUACAAUUGUCUACAGCCUGCAAUUUAAAACAUCUGAGUUUUCAAAUUAUGGAGCAGCUUUUUAGUGGCA